AUGUACACAUCCCACGACCACCCGUUCACAGAAAAUAUUAUCCGGGUGCCGCUACCAGAUAAGUAUAAAUCACCCCUCAUUCUGCUAUAUGACGGAAGGAGUGAUCCGGACGACCACUUGGAGGUGUACACAGGGUAUAUGGUCAUGCAUGGAUACCCCGAGGAGGUCAUGUGCCGAGCAUUCAGGAAUCACCUUUCCGAUUCCGCCAGGAGAUGGUUCAGAUCCUUGAAACCAAACUCCGUCACCAGUUGGGAUGAUUUGAAGAAUGCCUUUUUGACCCAGUUCAUAGGUGUGAAAAAAUACAUCCCACCGAAACAAAACCUCUCAAGGGUGUACCAGGGGCGUAAUGAGUCCCUGAAGGACUGGAUAGCCCGGUUCGGGGAACAGGUUACCACCACAGAGGGAAUCUCCGACGAGGUGGCUUUAAUGGGGGCGCUGUCGAGCAUGAAAAAGGAUAUCCCCUACAGUACAGACCUCGAUCGGAGACCACCCCAUACCUACCAAGAAUUCCUAACAAGGGCACAGGGAUUCAUCAAUGCCGAGGAGGCUAAGAAGGCCCUGAAGAGUAAGGUAGCAACCCCUGCCAAGGAAGAGGUAGGGCAGGCGAGUAAUCAAAACAACGGUAAGAAGCGCCGAGGUCACCCUCAGGUGCAAGCCUAG